AUGGCGAACCGAGGCUACGAUGUCGUCGUAGAUGUUGACCAAGAGGGCGACCUAGGCCAUACCGACCUGCAAGAAGACCUCGAAUUCCACAGCUCCAACUUUGACACCCAACCCACCGGCCGCGGCGCCCCCAAAAUCCAACCCGACUCCACGAGCGGCUCCUUCCUCCCCGGCCCCUCCACCUCUUCCACCUCGCCCACCUCGCGCAAACACUACCUCUGGUCCCUAAACUUCUACGCCCAAGCCUUCGACGUCGACACCGCCGAAGUCCUCCGCCGCUGCACCUCCACCCUGUACCCACGCGCCAAUUUCCUCGACGUGCUCGAGGGAAACCCAGACUUAUACGGCCCUGUCUGGAUCGCCACAACGGUUAUCGUGAUCCUUUUCUUGACCGGAACGAUUAACCAAUACCUGGCGCAGAAGGGCGAGGAGCAUUUUGCGUAUGACUUCAAGUUGCUGAGUGGAGCGGCGGGGCUGGUGUAUGGGUAUACGGCUUUUGUGCCCGUGGGGCUGUGGGGCGUGCUCAAGUGGUAUGGGAGUGAGAGUGCGAAUUUGAUGGAGUGUGCUUGUUUGUAUGGGUAUGCGAAUUUGGUUUGGAUUGCGGUUAGUCUGGUGGCUUGGAGUCCUUGGGGUAUCCUCAACUUCACGGUCGUAGCCCUCGGACUCGCGGCCUCGGCGUUUUUCCUCCUCCGCAACCUCUACCCUGUGCUCAGCACCACGGAAGCGAAGACGAGCAAGAUUCUGCUUAUUGUCGUGUUCGUGCUGCAUGCUGGUUUUGCGAUUGCGAUCAAGGUGUUGUUCUUUGCGGCGACGAGUCCCGUGGGUCCGAAUAAGGGUGAUAAGGAUGCGGGCAAGGGGGUUGCGGAUGGGGGAUCAGAGGAUAAGGGCGGUAUGCUGAGGAUGUUGAUGGGCUGA